AUGUGUGCUGUGCGUGCGCCAGCUAAAGCUGGUAAAAGCGAUCAGACACUGGGUGGCAUCCUGCAGCCGAUGACACACGCCUUUGAGAGCGCACAGAAGUACGGAGCCUGGAUGAUGGACCCACUACCUCCCACCGUGGACGAGACUAAGAUCUACGUGUUGGGUGGUCACUCUAACGCCAAGGCUUUGUGGAUGUACGGCAGCUACGCAGACUUCGUCACACGCCGCUUUAAGACCGUCAUCGCGCUGCCGACAGGCGUCGGCGGCACCGGUCACGUAAUCUACAACGGAACCAUCUACUAUCCGCAGUACAACACGGCCAAGGAUGUGAUGUUUAGACGUAAGCAUCUGAACAAAGGGCAGUUUAGCUUCGGUGCGUUUGCGGACAUCGACCUGGCGGCGGAUGAGAGAGGACUGUGGGCCGUGUACACGACGACGGCCAACGACGGCUAUAUAGUCAUCAGCAAGCUGCACCCCGUCACACUACAG